AUGUCUGAUACUUUUAGAGAUUCAACCGUAGGCGUUUUCAUCAACAUCCUUUCCGGAGGGCGAUAUUUGCCCUAUCCAGAUCAACGCCCGGGGUGGACUGUCCCAGAAAGCUUUCUGGUGAAUACCGCUUCUUCAUCUGCAACUGCCACUUUCGUAUCGGAGAAGAGGGAUCCCACUGUACCAACUCGGAAACCGAGUCGCGAGGACAUCACAGAGGAAUCUCAAACGCCAGCGCGAUUAUCAGAAGAUGGCCCUCCUGUACCCGAAUCUCGUCGAACAUCACUCUCGUAUGCCGAGAAGGGGGGAAAGGGUCGUUAUAGUGUAAAUGUCAACAUGGUGCGCGAAGAGACCAUUCAAGACACACACUCUGGAACUGUAAUUGUCGAUUGGUAUAACGACCAUGACCCUGAUAAUCCGAAAAACUGGAGCUUGAACAAGCGCUUAUUUGUUCUUGGCCUGAUAUCUCUCUUGACAUUCAGUGUCUACAUCGGAUCAGCUAUAUACACUCCAUCUAUACCAGGAAUCAUGGAACAUUUUGACGUUUCAAAAACAACGGCGACAUUAGGACUCUCUCUAUACGUCAUUGGCUAUGGCAUUGGACCUUUAAUUUUCAGCCCAUUGUCAGAGAUUCCGUCGAUUGGAAGAACACCAAUCUACAUGGCGACUUUGCUGAUAUUUGCACUGCUUCAACUCCCCACCAUCUUUGCUCCUAACAUUCAGACUCUUCUUGCCAUGCGCUUCUUUGCCGGAUUUUUUGGCUCUCCUGCUUUAGCCACUGGAGGCGCUUCUAUCCAGGAUAUGUUCCCCAUGGUCAAACUUCCGUAUGCUCUAAUCUCAUGGGCUAUAGCAGCACUCUGCGGACCCGUUUUGGGACCUACCAUCGGCGGAUUCGCGGCCAUGAAAGAAACAUGGAGAUGGCCAAUUUGGGAGCUAUUUUGGAUCGCAUCUGCUGCGUUUGCAAUUCUCGUAUUCUGGCUCCCCGAGACCUAUGCCGAAACCAUUCUCCUGAAGCGCGCCCGUCGGCUGAGAGCAUUGACCGGCAAUCCUAACCUCUUCAGCGAAAGUGAAAUUAAACAAUCCCAGAUGAAAACAUCUGAGGUUCUUUUCGAGGCGCUUCUUCGUCCCAUUCAAUUGAUGUUCGAACCUGCAGUUUUGUAUGCCAACAUUUACAUCGGAUUGGCCUAUGCUAUCUUCUAUUUGUGGUUUGAGGCGUUCCCAUUGGUGUAUAACGAUAUCUACCAUUUCAAUUUGGGACUAUCCGGUCUUCCGUUUUUGGGAUUGAUGGUGUCAGGCAUCAUUACAAGCUUGGGAUACGUCGCAUGGAAUUACUAUCGUGUCGAACCGGAGUACAGGAGAACAGGGAAAAUUAUCCCGGAGUCCCGACUCGGCGUCGCGCUCUUCGCUUCUGCUUUUAUUCCUCUCUCCCUUUUCAUGUUUGGAUGGACGUCGAGGGCUAGCAUCCAUUGGAUAGUUCCGACCAUUGGUGCUGCAUUGUAUUUACCUGGGUUAUUCCUUCUCUUCCAGAGUGUACUCGUCUACUUGCCAUCAUCGUAUCCGAAGUACGCUGCAUCUAUUCUUGCAGGCAAUGACCUCUUCCGGUCUACCGUAGCUGGAUGUUUCCCUCUUUUCGGAACACCUCUGUAUCACAGACUCACAAUUGGAGGAGGCUGCUCCAUGCUUGCUGGCCUGUCCAUCGCGUUGAUUCCAGGACUCUGGAUUUUGUACAAAUAUGGCGAUCGGCUAAGAGCUCGCUCGAAAUAUAUCGAUCCAGCGGACCUAUGA